AUGCUGCCCUGUCUAGACACAGGGAUGCAGAAAGAUGAUGCUGCCCCUGCGCUGAAGAUGCUUGCACCAGCCCUCCCAUUGGCUGCAUGCGCUGGUGUGUACCUGCACCACUCAAUAUUGCUGGAGGUGUUGGGCCGCUUCACUAAAGCAAGUUCUUCUCUUCCUACGCAGGCUGAUGAUGAUUCAACUAGAACAGCAGCGAAACCCCCCACUGUUCCACACUGGAGAAAACAAAACCUCUUCUUGGAGAUACCCUCAAGAAAAUUGGAGAACUCCUCUCAGGAUUUUGUGAGAAUAAAUAUGCCCCCAACACCAAGUCCAACUCCCACAAGAAUGAAUCUUCCCCCAACAGUGACACCAGGCCCUAGUUCUGCAAGAAUAAAUGAGUCCCCAGGUUCCUCCUCAUCCAGGGGAAAGUCAUCUAGAAAAGGCCUCCUACCUCGAAUAAACUUUAAGUACUGGAGUUCAACAACAGACAUUGAGAAGGCAGCUGCCAUAGCUCUAGGCACUCCAUCAACGGGGCCACAAGACAAGCUCUAUGUCUCAAGGUCAUCGUCCCUUUCUAAGCUAUUAACACCCAGGGUGAAGAGAACAUCAUCCCUUCCAGUUACUCCAAUUGCUUUCACAAAUGCAGAAUCCACUCGUGAGGGAAACGUGGUUGAUCCUUCAAAUUCAGUUAAGAAGGGGGCCCAACUAAAGAUAUCUCGUUCAUUCUCAGUCCCUGCAAACAACAAAGGAAGAGGCAUAAGGCAAGCAGAAUCCUUAGGUGGUGUAUUUCGUAUCAUCCCAUCAACUCCAAGAGUGACAGAAGGGAAUACUGCCGUAUCAAAUGCAACAACUCCCACAGUUGAUGCUGAAAACAAUGAUGCUGAUGGUCAAGAUAUUCCUGAAGAAGAGGCUGUGUGUAGAAUUUGUUUGAUUGAGCUGGGUGAAGGAGGUGAUACCCUGAAAAUGGAAUGUAGCUGCAAAGGCGAACUUGCACUGGCCCACCAAGAAUGUGCUAUAAAAUGGUUUAGCAUCAAGGGUAACAAAAAUUGUGAUGUUUGCAAGCAAGAGGUCCAGAACUUACCAGUCACCCUGUUACGGAUCCAAAACAUUCGAACCUUUAAUCCAGAUACAAAUAGGUCCCGGCAGAUAGCAGUUUCUCAGUACAGAGUAUGGCAGGAUGUGCCUGUUCUUGUCAUUGUCAGCAUGCUUGCAUACUUCUGUUUUCUGGAGCAGCUUCUGGUCAUCAAAAUGGGUACUGGUGCAAUUGCCAUGUCCUUGCCAUUUUCCUGUAUACUUGGUCUCCUAGCAUCCAUGACAUCAUCAACCAUGGUGAAAAGAAGAUUUGUCUGGGUCUACGCAUCAGUUCAGUUCGCUCUAGUGGUUCUUUUUGCUCAUAUUUUCUACUCAUUGGUUUUAAAUAUUAAUGCUCCCAUGUUGAGGCAAAGAGUUUCAAUUCCCACGUUCUGGCUUCCCCUUGUGACAUCAGUCAAAUUAAAUGUAGAUGGUGCGAGAAAAGGAAAUAUUGGUAUUAGUGGAGGAGGAGGUUUCCUUAGAAAUAAGGAUGGCACGGUUCUUGCAAUUUUCUCUAGUUUCUAUGGUGUUUGUUCUAAUUCUGUGGCUAAGUUGCAGGCUUUGAGAGAUGGUUUAAGGUUAUGUGUGGAUAUGGGUUUCUUAGAUUUUUCUACUAGCUCCAAUUCUACUUCGAUUGCGAACUCGAUAUCAAAUAGGUUUUGUGAUCUAUGGAGUUGUUGGUAUUAGUUUUAGGAUGUUAUGACUCUAUGUGACUCUCUUCGAAUUCGAAUCUCUUUCACUUUUCAAGAGAGUAAUAGAGCGAUGGAUUGGUUGACGAA